AUCAAAUACGGCCGGUUGAGUAAACGAUCGCUAGCUUAUAACAUUAGCUCGCCCUUAGAAGAAAAUGUUGGUCCUGUCGACCUUUUCCUUUUUUAUAUGGUCCUCAACAAGAACCUGCCAAGGUAUGUUAUAGUCUACUGGUAUGUUUAUAAUUUGAAUGAAGACCUGUGAUGUCUAAACUGGCGCGGCAUUAAUAAAUCAAUACACGAUCGGUAGAACUAAUCGCACGUGUCAUAGAUGAAGGUCAUCCAAAGCCUGAUUAUAAAUUUGACGAUAUCAAAUGCUUGCGAGAUCAAACAUACAUUCUCCCCCUAUCGAGUUCGCCCCUUCGAGUUCGCGGCGGUUACUCAUCGUCUCUCUUUGCACUCGUAACGGCCUCCGACCAAAAGUGAUUUCGUAAAAAGACGCUUCAAACGGCCUACGAAGGCUAAAAUUAUCACAGAUGUGUCGAUUAGCAUUUCGUUGAACCUUUCUGAGAUAUUCAAACCGAGAUGUAACUUAGAUGUGCAAUUUUCAGAGCUUUAUUCCUAACCCUCAUAGAUUUUGUUCGUCUCUUAUCAACAAUUAUUAAUCACAAUCACAUUGUGUGGUUUGCCCGUGAUUGAAUUGGCACGCGAUAUUUGACGUAAUAGAUGGCCUACAGUGCAAGCGCUUAUCAGAUCGAGCAAACCAUGCGAGCUAGCGUUGUAAUUUCGCGUUCGUUCAUUCGACUGGCAACGUUUGAUUUAGCCAUGUUUGAUUUGGAGUCAGAGUAGGUGGGGCUGGGGGCGGGGAGAGGCGUUAUCUUCAUUUCUAUUCCCACCCUCUCCUUAUUUUUGACCGUGGACCGCCCCCUUAGUACAAAUUUCUUUCCCCCCAGCCUUCCGCUGCCAUUACAAUCAAAGAUGGUGGCCACAAUUUUCGUUACUGACCCACUGGCUCGCCAAAAUUACGCCUGCUCUACAUGAUACCUAAUAGAGUGAUUUCGCAAGAGGACGGGAACGUCAUUUCAGAAUGGAAGAGCGCGGGGAUAGUGCGAAUAGUGCUGACAUCUAGUGGUACGAAACAAAAUGACAGUGAUACAAAUCAUAGAAAAUAAUUAUUUAGUGGGCUUCAAAAUUUGAUAGAGAGUGGAAUAAUUUCAAUCUUAAUCACCCAUGUGGAUUCUUAUCAAUAGCUUACUAAAAGUAACUCCCUUUUUAUGCGGUUUGAUCUGAAUUAACUUAACAGUUAUGAUGUUGAAAUAAAAAAUUGAAAAACAAAGUGUAUUACCCUUUGUUUGAUAGGUGCUGAGGUUACAGUACAAAUUAACCAGACAAUCGUGCUAGCAUGCUCUGCAGCAAAUAAUUCAGAAAAUGUGGAACAUAUCGGUUGGUACCGCUGCCGUACUGCUGAUUGCGAAUCCAAAUGGGACAACUCCCGGAUAGCUCGUGUUGAACGAAUGAGAGAGCCAUUUGUUGAUAACACUGACUUUGACAUUUACGUAAAUGGAACAUUAGUUAUCAAGAGGAUAAAAGCUGUGGAUGAUGGAAAAAUUUUUAUCUGUAAAGCCAAAAGAAACCUGACAGGGGUGGAAACGUCCACCACGAUCCUCAAAAUAGCCAAAGGUGAUGUUUAUAUGAGUGUUAUACAAUGAUGAUAAUAGUAAUAAUAGUAAUAGUAUUCAUGAUAAAAGUGUUCGGAAUUUAGCAGUGGACAAUCCACGUGGUGACUUUUGUUGUCCACAGUUUCCAGGUCGAAAUGAAAUUUGGGAUAUUGUUUUUUUGAGGGGGAGGGAUAAUUGGAGAAUGCGGAGAAAAAUAUAUGGAGCAAGGAUGAGAAGCAACCCACGCGUGACGCCAGUGGUCCAUUUAUUAAGGGUACCUGUUAUUUAACAUGCCCUUAAAAUGUUCUGUUUUCAUUUACGUUUCUUUUAGUGUUCUUCGUGUUGUUUUUCACUCUUUUUUUUUUUUUGCUUCUAUGUUUUUCUCUUAUUUUCUUUUUUUUUGGUUUUGGUUUUGUUUCGUUUUGUUUGUUUGUUUGUUUUUUUGUUUUUUUUUUUUCAUUUUCUUACCUAAACCUACUACUAUUAUAGAGAAAAGCCACACACUUACUCAGACGCUUCCAAAAUGUUUUCCCUCUGUAUCUAGGUAAGCCAGUGACAACGACCACAGCAUCAGGUAGGUUCUCCCACUCUUUAACCUUUUCAGAUGACCCAAAAGGACUGAACAGGGUUCUGAGAACCCCUCAAGUUCCAUGUUUGUAAACUAGCAACCAGUCUGAGAUAUAUAUUUUUUAUCUCCUUCAAAAGGGAUUGGUCUUCACUUAUUUUCUUUAAAACAAUCAGUUGCUAAAUGUGGCCAAGUUCAAAGAACAUUGAAGGCGAAGGCAACAAUGGUCUUGCUCCUGCGCAAGAAUAUAGAUCUUGUUUGAUUUUUGCAUCUAAAAACAAAGAAUCUUAGAGCAGCAUUGAGUAUUCUUCCAGUGGAUGUGAGAAUACAUGCACUUAUUUUUUGCUUUAAAUAAUAUCAAAGCAUAAGCUUUCAGCAAGUGCUACAUCAGGUAUUUGCCGUGUCAUCAAAAAAGGAGGAAAUAGUCAGAGGCAAGAGUCUGCCUGUGCCCAAUUUCAAGCAAUGUUUGCUAUACAAAAGUCAAAAUUGCCUUUGACUGAAUAUCAGAUACAUUGAAAGUAUAAAAUGAGCCAAGUAACCCAAUGAGAGCAUCAUAAUUUUUUUUCUCUUGUGGGAGCUGAAGAAUUACACUACCCUUUGUUACUAUUUACAGGAGAUCAAUGUCGUGAAGAUCUCCAACAAUUACAAUUUGUGGCUGGACAUAAUUUCUGAUUGCUGAAUCAUCAACAAUAAAAACAAAUUUUACAACCAGUCUGCCAUUUUCAGUUGAUCCCUUUCUCUUUAUUUCAUUUUAUUACACUCAGGUUAUAUAAAUGUAUUUUUGUUGUUUUUUUCCCUUUUCUAAUCUAAACCAACUGCUAUUUUACAGAAAAGCUACACACUUACUUAGACACUUCCAAAUUUUUUUCCCCUUUGUAUCUAGUUCAGCCAGUGACGACAACUGCAGCACCAGGUAGAAGUCUGAAAUAUGUAUUUUUUUAUCUCCCUUGAAAGGGACUGUUAUUCAUCAAUUUUCUUAAAGACAAUCAAUUGCUAAAGGUGGUUAAGUUCAAAGAAAAGUGGACAGCAAAAUCUUCUCAAAAAUCUAUCACUUGGCUUGUAGAUAUGAAAUUUCUGUUCUCGCAUCGAACUAGAUAUCUUACUCAUGAGCUAUCGCGUUAAGAACUUGAAGAGAACUUCAUUAUGACACAGCUCCAGACUUAAUUCAUGUGGCAAUUUACCAGAGAGUAUCAACACAAUGGUCACUGAGGUAGCCAGAAUAUGGGAUGCUUAUUGGGUGGUUUUCCUUCCCAACUCAUGAUUGCAAUAAUGAGUGAAACAAACACUGGGUAGCUAACAUUUACAGCUCAUACAGUAGUCUUCACGGUGUUUUAUUUAUUUGCAACGGAGCCCUCUUCUCUUCAGUUAAAUAAAUUAUUUACCCAUUGUUCAAGGAUUAUUGCACAUUGCAAACAAUGGCUGAGGUAUCUAUUGUUUUUUUUUUUUGUUUUUUUUUUCUGCAUUUAGGCAUCCCAGGCCGUUCCUCACCACUACCAGGUAAACACUGCAAUCCGUACUUUUUCUCCUUGCUGUAAUUCCUCCUCUUCUCUCUUUCUUCUCUUCCCUACUCACUCCCCCCUCUCUUCUUUGGAGGAUCAACCCAUGACUAAUUUAAUGUUAAUCGUGUGUUGCAUUGGUAGUGAUUCCUUGAAUAAAGGCCUUACAUUUUCUUUCCACCUGUUCAAUGUGCUACAAUCCUCUCUUUUUAAUUUAUCUUAUUUUUGUUUUGUUUGUUUGUUUGUUCUUUCCUACUCAGAUACCCCAACUUCUUUGUCUUCAUCUUGUCCAGGUUUGUAUACUGUUGAAACUAAGCGAGUAUUGUUUUAGCCUUCUUGUGUUAUUCUUACUUUUUGCUUCAUCUCAUUUUUCUCAUAUCUUUUUGUUGCUUUUGGUGUUUUUUCCUGUUCUGAGGUGUGAUAAGAUAUCUUUUACAAGCAAUAUUUGACAGCUAAGUCCAUCAGCGGCAUUUGUGAAUCAUUACUUUGGUAACUUCUCUCUCCCAUUUAUGCUCCCAUUCAUGUUCCUAUUUAUGCUUGGGAGCUUCAUGUCAUUGAAGGAAUGGACCUUCAUUUGGAUGCUCGAGUUCGGGGCUAUCCUUACCCCUGGGAAACCUGGCGCCAUUCUGAGGUUCUCCUUCAGAAUACAUCAAAUUUCGAUUCAGAAACAAGGUUUUAAGAAAAAAUGUCACUUUAUCUGAUGGCUGACUUUACACCUGCUAUGCCAAGAAUUCAUUUGAACAUGUUAUCUUAACUGUAAAGGUUUACAUUAAAGGUACUGUCGUGAAAGAGAGAAACAGAGCAAGUUUGCUGUUUUUGGUCUAUUAAUUUCUUUUAGUGUUCUUCGUGUUGUUUUUUACUUUUUUUGUUUUUUUUGUUUUGCUUCUUUGUUUUUCUCUUAUUUUCUUCUGUCUUGGUUUUGGUUUUGUUGCUUUGUUUUUUUAGUUUUGUUUCGUUUUGUUUUUUUUCAUUUUCUUAUCUAAACCUGCUGCUAUCUUAGAGAAAAGCUACACACCAGUAGUUCUCGACUACUUCAUUUAAUUAUCCGAAAGCUUUCUCCUGUACAUUGCUGAAUGUACUCCUCUAAGUGUAACUCGAACAAAUUCAAAGACUAUGAUUUUAUAGUUAUUAAGAAUCUUUAUUGUGGUAUAAAACAGACAAACUUUUAAACAUCAUAUGAAAGAAUAGAACAAUAUACAUACAUAUUUAACUUUAAUUCAACCAUUAAUUUUUCUAAAAUAUAUCUCUUCACUAAAUCAGUAUACUUCUUAACAGUGCAAGCAUUGCCAGAAAUUACACCCAAGAGACACUUGUGAGUAAAGCUUCUCUUUUCAAUGACUCAGCAAAUGUGAUAAUGCGAGGCAGCUUAUAAUCAAGACUGAUUUAAUUUUUUAAAGUACAAAAAAUUAUCAAAAUAACUCAAAGGCAACAAAUGGUCCAGCUCCUGAACAGAAAUAUAGAUAUUGUUUGAUUUUUGCGUCUGAAAAACAAAGAAUAUUAGAGCAGCAUUGAGUAUUCUUUCAGUGGAUGUGAGAAUACAUGCACUCAUAUUGCUACUUUAGAUAUUAUCAAAACAUAAGCUUUCAGUGAGUACUACAUCAGGUGUUUGCACAGUUAUUGAAAAAGGAGGAAACAAUAGCAAGAGUCUACCUGUAGCAAAUUUCAAGCAAUUCUUGCUCUACAAAAGUAAAAAUUGCCUUUGACUUAUUAAAGGAUACAUUGAAAGUAUAAAAUGAGCCAAGUAACCCAGUGAGAGCCCACAGUUUUUUUCUUGUGGGAGCUGAAAAAUUACACCUCCCUCUAUAUACAGUAUACUAUAUACAGGAGAUCGAUGUCAUGAAAAUCUCCAACAAUUACAAUUUGUGACUGGACAUAAUCUCAGAUUGCUGAAUCAACACCAGCAAUUAAAAGAAAAAUUGAAAACCAUAUCAAAAACGAGCCAAAGUGCAGAAAGAGCAUGUAGCCAGUCAAACUUGCCAGCUAGUCUGCCAUUCUUAGUUGGUCUCUUUCCCCUAAUGUCGUUUUAUUUUACACACACAAAAUAUAUUAAUAGGACAUUUUUUCUAAAACUUUAAGGUAAAAAAAGUAUAAAUGGAAGUGGAAAUUUAGCUCAAUGCUUUUCAUUUGUCUUCCCUUCAUGGCUUGUGGGGUGUACAACCAUCGAAAAAUAAGAGUCAACAAUUCCAUGUGCAAUGUUUAUCUAAUGGUUUGACCACAGAAAUUUUAAAAAACCUGCUAAAUCAAAAAGCUGGAAAAAAGAAGGCAAAACUAAAUACAACCUAAGGUACUUGAACCUUUGUAUCUGGACUUCAUAAGGAAAUGGGUAAUUUAAGUAUUCUGAAGUAUUUUUGCACCAAAGUAGCAGUUUUUUAGACUCCUUCUGUACCUCCAAAAUGGUCACAAUUUCAUUCAAUGCAUUUGUGAUGGCAAAUACACAAGAACAAAGGUGAUGAACUUAAAUGAUCAGAGUGAUCAUUCUCAACGCUUUUAGUUUAAGGCAAGAAAUUCAGCACCACAAAAUUGUUUAUUUUCACUACAAGCAGAAGAAGCAAAGCAAUAGAUUUUUUAGCUUCGCGAAUCCAUUCAGUUUCCAUCGCAAUACACUUGGUACAGUUAAGUCCGUUCGCGUCUUGACUCCAAGUAGACCCAGUGCAACCUGGUGCGAUACAAUGUGCUGUAUCGUUACAAAGAGCCGACUACUGGCGCAAGUGUCAAGUGACAAAAUAUUUUUCUCGAUUUGCGAAAAUUUUCUGGAUUUUGAAAAGAUUCUUGGAUUGUAAACUAAUUUCGAUUUUCAUGAAAGUUAUUUGUGGAUCUAUGAAUGAAUCCAGGAUUUGAAAUUGUUUUCUCGAGUUGACAAACUUUUCAAAAGCUAUUUGUCUAAAGGAUAUCGAUUUUUAAUAUUUUUCGGAUUUUCCAAAUAUUUUUGGAUUGUCCCUUCUCGGUAUCCGUAAAGAACUCGUGUCUUCUCUAGGUUCAUUGUUCAUUGCAAUUAAUUUCUUGAAUUUAAGACGCUCUUUUAUGAUAGGGUAGGACUACUUUAGUUCCUCUGCAUCUUGGGCAAUGGCAAGGAGGUCUUGGCCAUCAAAACCGUCCUUUUUCUGAAAUAUAACAUGCGAACAAAGAUCAAUGGAGCGGUCAAGUUUGUGUUUAUAAAGUUGUAAAGGAAAUUUCUUCAGCCUACCUAUCCUUUCUUAAGUUUCAGGAGAAAAUAAAUGUGACUGGAGCCAAGAAAAAACCUCUCAGUGAUGAAUUCGCUGCUAUUAUUCAUUAUUGCAUCCGAUGCACGCGGUCAAGGUCCAACUAAUGUGAUACGCAGAAGGAGCUGCAAAGAUGCACUAACAAAAAAAGGAUGAUUUUUGGAGAUGAGUCGCUUUUAUAACAAACUAAGCUCCUUACGCUUUAUCUCGUCAGGGGUUUUUGUGGUUUCUUUUUCACAGACACUCAGUUGGAGGAUAUUAUAGACGUAGGUUACAAGUUUUUAUUUGUUUCAUAUUAUUUUUACUUUUUUAGAUAUCCAAAGUUCCUCAGUUUCACCUUCCUCAAGUAAGUAUACGUCUGUUCCUUUCUUUUCUUUAAAUGAGUUGCUCACCUUUUUUUUUUUUUUUUUUUUUGUAUAAUAGUCUAGCAUCUUACUACAACAACCUAGAUGAUGCAGGCCUCUUGAGCCCGUGCUUAUCGCUUCCCCCGGUAUAAACACCGCUGCUACUUAGCAAGGAUCUUUGUUUAAGCUUUCAAAAGGUCCUUUAUGUUUUUUUCUUGUUUUUUUUUGUCAGCUAAGAUGCAAUAAGACAUUUUUUUUCUAAAGGUAAAUGGCCGGAAAAAGUGGUUUUUUUUUUUGUAAUUUUUUUGUUUGUAUGUAGGCUUUUUUAUCAUCCCCGUGAAACCAUUUUGCGCAAAAUUGGGAUUAAUUCAUUCUUACAACAAGGAAAAUAGGGCCAUAGCGAUUUAUGUAACAAACACUUAAAUCAGUAAAAGCUUUCAGGAUCGUCGGGAGAUGAAAUCGUGAAUUUCUGUAACUAGCUCAGUCUUUUCUGUUGGUGUUUAACUAAGCGAAAAAACAUUUUCACCGAUAAGAGUGGUCCACAUAUGUUCCUUCCCUAUUCACACAAAACAUUAAGCCACAAUAAAAUGUCGGCCUUUCAAUAUGCACUGGGUUUGGUGGUCUCUGUGAUAUACAGUAUUACAUAGUGCAUAUACUUUGUGUAAUAGUCCAUGACUGAAAAGAAAAAUAUUAACUGUUCAUUCCUAGGAAAGGAAGAUCUGGAUUUUGAGACAGCCUUCAAAAAAGUCGCCCCUCUGAUCUUUUCCUUAACUGCACUUCUAGUAAUUGCUGUUACAAUCAUUAUUUAUCUGGUUGUGAAGAUCAAGAAGAAUAAGAGGCAUGGUUAUUCCCAUAACCAUGGUUGUAGAUUUGAAGGUGGCGAUGACAAUCAACAUGCCCCAGAAGAUACCAUUGUAUUUAAACUAGGAGAUUGCCCGAAUGAAGAGGACGGAGCAGAAGAACUAUGAUGUACUUAAGAUCUAAACAUUGAUUUUUCGGAUCAGUAUCAGUACCUGGGCAACUGCCCACCUACCUCUCCCCUAACUCAGCGUUGGGUUAGGGGAGGGGUAGGUGGGCAGUUGCCCAAAUACUGAUAUUGGUCCGAUUUUUCUACUAUUAUGUCAUUUCACCAUAUUAGGGCAACGGAACGAGCAGAAAAAUGCCACGGUGUUCUAUUGUAGAACAGGGCACCAAUACGAACCGAAACGGUUCGCUCGAUCUUUAAUUUCCUUUUUUUCAGCAGCAAGCUUCCAAGCCCAGAAGGAUUUUUUAUGUCAUCAGGAACACAUAAAUGGCUUCAUUUGUGUUGUUUUAUUCUUUCGCUUGUUCCUUGUGCGAUCAGUACGGUGCUCAGAUAAGACUAUACGAGGUUUUGAAAACUAGAAGCCAAAAGACAUCCUUUCUUCGAUGGUUUAACAUAUAAAGCGAGCUGACAUUUUUCUCAGUGCUCGUACUUUUCCUCGCUCCUUCGGGCUCGGAAAAAUACUACACAACUCGCAAAGUAUUUGCGCGUCUUGCAUGUUAUAUAUUGACCAUGCACAUUUUAAGGAUGGGCACUUUGCGAUGUUGUUUAUACCUCGGUUAAACAGGGCAGACAAGUGAACUUUGUGUUCAAUGCAUUUUUUAUGCCCUAAAGUAGGCUGUACCUCAAAAUGUCACGGUAAUACAAAUGUAUGGUUUUCACUACCCUUCCAAUGUAGAUCGAAGGGAAAUUUAAGUUAUUAAUCAAGUUAAAUUAUCCUACUACGUAGUCCUCAUUAAUUUUAUAGUGGUACUCGCCGACUUGGAAGCUUUUGCUCCCUUAGUCACUACUCACUUUUCUCUUACGGGGGCGUAGCCAGAAUUUUGUAAAGCGGGGGUCACAAUGUGUUAAACAGAGGAUUCUCCCCAGUUUUUGCUACCUGAAUAUUGUUGGUUGUUUGCUUAAAAAAGGCUCACAAAAGGGGGGUCACAGACACUUAGGUCCCCCCCCCUUCCUCAGCUAUGCAGUUGUCUCAUCAUUAAAGUCAUUUUUUUAUUUUCUUACUUUACAUUUUUCUUUAUUACUUUUUGUUUAAUAAUUGAAAUUUAUUUCGCUAAAAUAAGUGUAAUUAAAUAAAAAUUUACUACUGUCAGGGUAGGUGUGCAGGACAACAGCUAUUUUAAAGAAAGGUCA